UUUUUGGCUUAUAGUUAGAGUCAGCUUCACUAUUUCCCACACAGCUCAAAACCCACUUUUUUUGUUGUUGAAUUUCUCAUAUAGUCAUAGCACUAACUCUCUCUCUCUCUCUCUCUCACUCAGACUCUCUGACAAGCUCCAAAGCAAAAGCAAAAGCCAAAAAAAGAAAAAGAAAAAAAAACCAAUAAGCAAUGGAGGGUCUCCCUCCUGGUUAUCGUCCCAACGUUGGCAUUUGCCUCAUCAACCCUGAUAAUCAAGUUUUUGUGGCUUCAAGAUUGAAUGUUCCAGGAGCAUGGCAGAUGCCUCAGAUAUUUCAGCUGAAUUUAAAUGGCUAUGGGAUCUUCAAUCUCAGGGGGGUAUUGAAGAUGGUGAAGAACCCAAAUCAGCAGCCAUUAGAGAACUUCGAGAAGAAACUGGAAUUGUGUCUGCCGAAAUUAUGGCUGAGGUUCCAAAUUGGUUGACUUAUGACUUCCCUCCUGCUGUGAAGGCCAAAGUCAAUCGUCUCUGGGGAGGUGAAUGGCAUGGGCAGGCACAAAAGUGGUGCGUCUCCUUUCUUCACACAGUCCUUUAUGGGGGGUUCCUUAUGAGAUUAACAAAAGAUGAGAGUGAGAUCAAUCUAGCUAAUGGUGAAGCAGAGCCAGAAUUUGCUGAAUGGAAAUGGGCAGGCCCAGAAGAAGUUGUUGAGCAGGCGGUGGACUACAAAAGGCCAACGUAUGAGGAAGUUAUGAGAACCUUCGAGCCUUACUUAAGUGGAAAUUCAAUCUCCACAAAAUGUAAAUCGUCUAAAUGGUGAAUGUUGUGGGUGUGUAUCAUUUGGUUCUAAGAGUUCCGUACAUGACUUAAAUUUCCCAUUAAAAUUUGGAUUUAGUAGAAGUUUGCUCUUUGUAAAUGGAAAUGGAAGUAAGAACUGAAAAAUAGAGGGUUGCUUUAUUGUAACAAUAAGAUCUUUGUUGUGAUGUAGUUCUCUUUAGUGGUUUUGAUUAUGAGGAUGCUUUCAGAUGUGUAUAAAAGAAACUGGGGGAAUAGGCUUGAGAGCUUGUUGCAUGGUCUGUAACUAUCACUGUGAAGUUGGUAUAAAUUUUGAAACAUUUGCACAA